AUGGCCAGCAAGUCAGAGCAAACAGGUUCGACGCCCGCGGAUAUUACAUUUCGACGGCUGGAAGAAAUCACUGAUCACUUCUCCGAGGAGCACAAAGUUGGUCGUGGUAGCUAUGGAGAAGUUUACAAGGGAUUGUAUAAUGGGGAAACGAUUGCUGUGAAGAAGCUUUACCACAUGCCAGGACUUGAUGACGAGCAAUUUAAGAAGGAGUUCAACAACCUUAUGAGAGUAAACCAUCAAAAUAUCGUACGACUAGUAGGCUACUGCUACGAGAUCCGAUAUAAACAUUUUGAGCACAAUGGAGGAUUUAGUUUUGCUGAGAUGGCAGAAAGAGCUCUCUGCUUUGAAUAUUUUGAGGCUGGGAGCCUUGACAAACAUCUUUCCGAUGAAUCAUGUGGACUUGACUGGAAUACACGUUAUGAAAUUAUUAAAGGAAUUUGUAAAGGUGUAGAUUACCUUCAUACUGGAUCCAAAGAUUCUAUUUACCAUCUGGAUUUGAAACCUGAAAACGUACUGUUGGAUAAACAUAUGACACCAAAAAUUGGAGAUUUUGGGUUGUCAAGACUCUUCGCUUCGACAGAAACCUUUACAACAAAAAAGUUUAUAGGGACACCUGGGUACAUGCCACCGGAAUACAUCGAGAAGUGA